AUGAGAGUUUGCACAUCUUUUUACGAAGCUGCCAAAUUCCUGCAGAGGAGAGGUCAUCGCUGUCGCUAUGAUUCUGAGCAUGACCCGUCAUUCACACUACGGCUCAACUUGCUGUUCUCUUCAACUGCCUUGUUCACCGUGGCCAACUUGUACUACAACCAGCCUGUUUUGGACAAGAUUGCAGGAGACUUCAAUGUCGACUUCGAAACGGCAUCAACCGUGGCGACGCUGAUGCAGUCUGGCUACGCUGUCGGUCUGUUCUUCAUCUGUCCCAUCGGUGACUGGCUUCGGCCUCGCCCACUGAUACUGGUCAUGGUGGGUGUCACCGCUACCGUGUGGAUUGGCCUCUGCGUGACCUCUUCGUUUCCAAUCUUUCAGGCGCUCAGCAUGAUCUGUGGUAUGACUACAAUUACCCCGCAGCUUGUCAUACCCAUCAUCGGCGGCCAAGUCCCGCCCAACCGACGUGCAAGUGCAGUACAAAUCGGCGCCUCUGGGAUCCUUCUCGGGUCCCUACUGGGUAGGUUGCUCUCCGGAAUCUCGGCCAACUACGGCCACUGGAGAACCAUAUACUGGGUCGCGCUCGGCGUCCAAUAUCUCCUCCUUGUCUUCUUGUACUUCUUCAUGCCAGACUACCCAUCAAGGGCUCCUGAGGGCGAAACUUAUUUCCACAUGCUCUACAGCACGGUCUACAUGACAUUCACGGAACCAUUGCUGCUCCAAGUUUGUAUCCAAUCGUACUGCGCCAGUGCCGUCUUUUCUGGUUUUUGGGCGACUUUAACCUUCCACCUGGCUUCUCCGCCUUAUGAGUACCAAUCUCUUCAAAUCGGACUAUUCGGGCUCAUCGGCAUUGUUGCGAUAGUUCUUGGGCCAUUCUACGGCAGAAUCUGCAUGGACAGGUUUAUGCCCUGGUUCUCUGCCUUAGUAGGUGAGACGUUUGCAUUAGUGGGUGUCAUCAUCAGCACCUUCGCUGGAAAUCUAACAAUCGCGGGUCCCAUCAUUGAAGCGAUCGCUAUCGAUAUGGGAACGCAGACGUCUCAGACGGCCAACAGGGUUGCCGCCUUUGGCAUUGACUCUACAGCGAUGAACCGCGUCAAUUCUGCUUUCGUAGUCUGUGGAUUUCUCGGGCAAAUGUCAGGAGCAGCUAUAGGAAACAGGCUCUAUGCUGAAGGUGGGUGGACACGGGCUGGAGGUGCGAAAAUCGGCUUCAUGGGACUGGCGAUCGUCGUUCUGUUGCUGCGAGGGCCUUUGGAAAGGGGCUGGAUCGGAUGGCACGGCGGAUGGGCCAUUCGUGCUAGAGAGGGCGAACCAUGA